AGCCUGACAUCACUGCUCUCCACCCAGAGGGCCGGUGGGAGGGCGGGUGAGGUGUAAGCUUGAGUCAGACCAGAAGGGGUUGGCCAGCGAGCCCUCCAGCCCGGGAGCGGGCGGGAGCUCCAGGACGGCAUUCCCUUAAAGCCUUGUUGCUCUCUCCCACUUCAGGGAAACCGAGAGACAGCCAGUGCCAAACCUGGAUGGAGACAAAUGAAAACUCACGAAAUAAAAGGCAAACAGUGACGGGCGGCCGGGCGCCCGCGUUGCCUCCGCGCACAGGCACGGAUCUGCGUUGCCCUGCAGGACGGCCACUGGGAUUUGGGUUUCUCCUCCCUGCCUCCCACGGCUGGUCUGGUCCUCGCAAUGGCAAUGUGGUUAUUGAUCCCUGAAGACUCCCAAGCUUGGAGACAAGCGAGAAGUGCCCGUUAACUCUCCAGGACGGCUGAGUUCCACCAACUUUAGAGAAACAGACUUUUUCUUUCCAGAACCUGUGAAAAUGUCCCUUUCCCAAGGAGGUGGAAGUUAGAGGGCACACUUUGUCACGGACCCUCAGGAAUUUCGCUGCGAUCGCGUCUUAACCUCGGCACAGACCAUGCGGCAGCUGCCGCCUCUCUGCUGCUGGCACUCCUGGCUGCUGUUCCUAUACUGCGACUUUCAGGUGCACGGAGCCUACUCCAGGUCACAGGCCCACCCAGGGUUUGAGGUCUUGGCUUCUGCUUCCCAUUACUGGCCGUUGGAAAAUGUGGAGGGGAUCCAUGAGCUUCAGGAUACAACUGGAGCGUUGCGAACCCACAACCUCACUGUGCUUCCUUCCCAUAAUUCUACCUUUGUAUAUACCAAUGACUCUGCCUACUCAAAUUUCUCUGCGACUGUAGAUAUCGUAGAAGGAAAGGUCAACAAGGGCAUUUACUUCAAAGAAGAGAAAGGAGUCACACUGCUGUAUUACAGCCGGUACAACGCCUCCUGCCUCAGCAACCCCGCCCAGUGCGGCCCUGAGGGUGUCACAUUUUCCUUUUUCUGGAAGACACAAGGAGAACACUCCAGACCAAUCCCUUCUGCUUAUGGCGGACAGGUCAUUUCCGACGGGUUCAAAAUCUGCUCCAGCGGUGGCAAGGGCUCCGUGGAGCUGUACACGCGGGACAAUUCCAAGACGUGGGAGGCCACCUUCAGCCCCCCAGGCCCCUACUGGACUCAUGUCCUGUUCACGUGGAAGUCCAAGGAGGGUCUGAAAGUCUAUGUCAAUGGGACCCUGAGCACCUCGGACCCAAGGGGCAAAGUGUCUCACGCCUACGGGGAGCCCAACGUCAACCUCGUGAUAGGGUCCGAGCAGGACCGGACCAAGCGCUACGAGAACGGAGCUUUCGACGAGUUCAUCAUCUGGGAACGGGCCCUGACUCCGGAGGAGAUCGCGAUGUACUUCACGGCGGCCAUCGGAAAGCAUGUUCUGCUGUCUUCAACCCCAGCGGGCUUCCUCACGACGCCCACGGCGAGCCCCAUGAUGCCCACUGACGCCUACCAUCCCAUCAUAACCAACUUGACAGAGGAGAGAAAAAACUUCCAGAGUCCUGGAAUUGUACUGAAUUAUCUUCAAAACGUGUCCCUCAGCUUACCCAACAAAUCCCUCUCAGGGGAAACAGCGCUGAAUCUCACCGAGACGUUCUUAAAAUCCGUUGGAGAGGUUCUUCAGCUGCCCAGUUGGACUAGUGUGUCAGAGGACAGCGCUGUGGUGCUGGGCUUGAUUGAAACCGUCGACGCUGUCAUGGGCCACAUAUCUUCCAACCUGCCCUCCGGCGAGCCCCAGAUCACCAUCAUAGGCUCUUCUUCCAUGGCAGAGUUCUCAGUGGCCAAACUCCUACCCAAGACCAUGAAUUCCUCCCACUACCGCUUCCCGGCCCAGGGGCAGAGCUACAUCGAGAUUCCCCAUGAGGCUUUCCGCAACCAAGGCUGGACCGUCAUCGUGGGCCUUCUCUACCACAGAGUGCACGAUUACUUGAACAACAUCCCGCCAGCCCACACCAAGAUCGCUGAGGCGGCGAAUUACCACACCUGCCUGCUGUCGGCCACCAGCCCCCUGCUCUCCCUGGAGGUGUCCCCACCGCCCGCGCUGGCCCGGAACCUGUCCGGCUCCCCGCUCAUCACCGUGCAGCUGCGGCACAGGCUGACUCGCAGGCAGUACAGCGAGGCCACCAAUGAGAGCAACCGAGUCUUCCUGUACUGCGCCUUCUUGGACUUCAGCUCCGGGGACGGGAUCUGGUCGAACCAGGGCUGUGCGCUCGUGGAGGGGAACCUCAGCUACUCCAUCUGCCACUGCACGCACCUCACCAACUUCGCCAUCCUGAUGCAGGUGGUCCCGCUGGAGCUCACGCGCGGUCACCAGGUGGCGCUCUCGUCCAUCAGUUACAUCGGCUGCUCCCUGUCCGUGCUCUGUCUGGCUGUCACACUGGUCACCUUCGCCGUGCUCUCCUCGGUCAGCACCAUCCGGAACCAGCGCUACCACAUCCACGCCAACCUGUCCUUCGCGGUCCUGGUGGCCCAGGUCCUGCUGCUCAUCAGCUUCCGCCUGGAGCCGGGCACCACCCCGUGCCGGGUGCUGGCCGUGCUCCUGCACUACUUCUUCCUGAGCGCCUUCGCGUGGAUGCUGGUGGAGGGGCUGCAUCUCUACAGCAUGGUGAUCAAGGUCUUCGGCUCGGAGGACAGCAAGCACCUCUACUACUAUGGGAUGGGCUGGGGUUCCCCUCUCCUGAUCUGUGUCAUUUCAGUAUCGUCGGCCACGGACAGUUACGGAAUGAGUAACAAUUGCUGGCUGUUGCUCGAGAGUGGCGCCAUCUGGGCCUUCGUGGCCCCUGCCCUGUUCGUCAUUGUGGUCAACGUUGUCAUCCUUGUCGCGGUGACCAGGGUCAUUUCACAGAUCAGCGCCGACAACUACAAGGUCCAUGGAGAUCCCAGCGCCUUCAAGUUGACAGCAAAAGCUGUGGCCGUGCUGCUGCCCAUCCUGGGGACCUCGUGGGUCUUUGGCGUGCUUGCUGUCAACCAGCAGGCCGUGGCCUUCCAGUACGUGUUUGCCAUUCUCAACUCCUUCCAGGGAUUUUUCAUCUUCCUCUUCCAUUGUCUCCUGAAUUCUGAGGUGAGAGCUGCCUUCAAGCACAAAACCAAGGUCUGGUCCCUCACGAGCAGCUCCUCCCGCAGCGCCAACGUGAAGCCCUUCAGCUCUGACAUCAUGAACGGGACCCGGCCAGGCACGGCCUCCACCAAGCUCAGCCCCUGGGACAAGAGCAGCCAGUCCACCCACCGUGUGGACCUGUCCGCCGUGUGAGCAGAGAGCCGCUGACCCGCCUGCCCUCGGAACACCCCCACCCCACAAACAAAACACAAGGAGCAAUCUGCCUUCCCCAGUGGGACCCUCUCCUCAUGGCUGUCUGGACAUGGGUGUCCCGACCCCCCGCCAGCGUCCUCGCCUGUGACCCUCCCUGUGUGACAGUGCCCACUGCUCAGCCUGCAGCCUGACACACAGCGAUGGGCAGACCUCCUGGCUUGAGUCCUCCUGUGGGCUGAGUGCCUGCCCUCCAGGCACCCUGAAUGCUCAGUGGCCCCUGUGAUGUGCACUUGAGCCUCCCUUCAUCCUGCACUUGCAGAGCCUCAGACUCACGACACCUGAGCUCACGGGCCCCGGGGCUGCAGCUCAGCCUCUGCACCACACUGGGGCCUCAGGACCAAAGAGGCGGGCCCUGCAGGGGAGGUCACGGUCCUCUGCACCCUGCAGGGUCAGCAGAGGCAGAUGGGGGCGCGUGGGGAAGAGCUGGGGCAUGUUUUCAACCUGCUGACUUCACCGAACAACAAGUCCCCGGCAACCAGGCGCCAGCUGCUGUGCGGGUCUCUGCACAGGGUGAGGCCACGUGGCCAACCCCGCGGUCUGGUUCUGUGGUCUCUGUGGUGCCUCCGUGAUGCUGGGCUGCAGACACUGGCUGCUCUGGCCCUGUGGUGGCGGAUGCCUCGCCCAGGAGGAGAGGUGGUGGGGCCACAUGCAGCAGCUGGGCCUGGAGGCCACCUGACGGUGCCACUGCCUGGGGGGGCCUCGUGGCCGGUCCUCAAGUCUUGACUCCUCAGACUCAGUUGGCCUUCAGACACCCCCUUUUCUGGCACCUGAGCCUCCUCCUGUGUUCCCAGCAGCCCCGGAGCUGACUGCCGCCCGCAGCUGGGUUUCCCUGCCCAGACGUCUCAGUGCCCGAGGCCUGACUUCCCCCAGAGUCCUUUCCUCGUCACCUGCAGCCUCUGCUGGGUUUCUGACAAGCGGAUCACAGGGAUGGGCGCCAGCACGGCAGCUCAUGUCGCCGCAGAGGGCCCGGCCUCUGACCACACUGAACGGAGGCUGCCUGCGUCCCGUGUGGCCAACAGCCCUGAGGGAGGGAUGGGACUCACGUCCUGCCUGACGGGGAAGCCUGGCAAUGGCUGUGUCUUCUGAGCUAAUUUAUGGACUCGGACUCAGCCCUUAGGAAAUGGAUUCACUGUUUCGGCUCCACGUCUGGCAGGAUCCUGUGGAACACAAGGUUUGUGAUCGUGGAUGUGAGCUGAACGCCGUGGAAAUUUGGGAAACAGGCCGAGAGAGAUCGUACUGUGAUGGUGUGAUGUGAGAUGUGUGGGUCAACUCAAACCUGUUUUUGAUACUGGAAAAUCCUCCUUUAACACUGUGACCACGUAGCAUUAAGCACCCCCGCCCCCUCCACGCACCUGCUGUUUCAGAGAGUUGUUUGCCUAGCUCUGUGGGCCUUUUGCUUCUUCAUCGGGUACCUGCUUAAUGCAACCCACCCCCGAUGGCAAUGAGUGUAAUGGUCACCACAGGCGACCCCCACUGUGGGGAGGGGUCCGACCGAGCAGCAUGCCCAGGGGAUCACCUUGUUCCUCCACCGAGGCGAGGUCCCAAGUGCACCGGGCGACUCAGCACGGGUGACGAGGCCGUUUGCCUGCCGUGCGGCCCCCGGACGUGCUGUGGGGUAAACUGGCUGAUGUGAGCGGAGACCACUGCCCAGACCCUGCGUAGUGGACAGUGCGUGUGUGCCCAGCCUGCCCAGGCUUGUCCUUGUGAUCCCAGAAAUCAGACCACUCGUCACACAGCCCAGACCCUUGUCCUGCCCACGAGCUGGUAGAAGUGAGAACACUGUAUCCCUAACAGUUACACUUGGAUGUUUUUCUUAUUUAGUUUCUGGUGAAGCAAAUCGAGGAAGGAACUAUCUUUAGUUUAGACGGAAUUCUUCCUCUUUAACUCUCAGCAUACUCACGGUAAUAGCUGAUACAUCACAGGAAGUGAGGGACGAACUCUGUAUUUCUUGUGAAUGCCCGUCGCGCACUUUAUUUAUGGGCUGUGUAUUUUGGCUUCUGCAGUACUUGAUUAUUGACACAAAAUUGCCCAAAGAUGAGAAAUUGGAAAGGAUUGUGUGUUUAAAGGAGUUUCUGGCCCAGGAGAGAUGAUGAAUGCCACUAAGUAGUGAAAAUUGUUGAGAUUUUUAUGAAAUAAAAUCUUAAUGUCCUUAAAA